AUGAUAAGCGACGGUGAACAGGAAAUAGAUUACGACGCGCGAGUGACGAAGCGGCGAGUGCGCGUGCCCAUUGUGUCGGACGACAAUUCAGACAUUUGUCGUAUAGGCGUAAGAAUGCCGCCAUUUUGGCCAGAGAAGCCAUUAUUAUGGUUUAGUCAAAUCGAAAGUCAAUUUUGCAUAUCGAAAAUAACCGAUGAUGAUAUAAAAUUUCAUUUCUUAAUCACAAAUCUGGACCGGAGAUAUAUAAGUGACAUCGAGGAUUUAAUAACAUCACCUCCAACGACCGGCAAGUAUGAAAAAUUGAAAAGUGAAAUUAUUAAACGGCUUUCCAUUUCAAAAGAGAAAAAAUUAAAACAACUACUACAGGCCGAGGAGAUGGGCGAUCGCAAACCAUCUCAGUUCCUGCGACAUCUACAGCAUCUCGCGGGCCCCAAUAUACCGGAAGAUUUUCUUAGAUCAUUGUGGACUGGUCGACUCCCAAGUAAUCUGCAGACUAUCGUCGUGUCGCAAAUGAGUAUGCCCCUUAGCGAAAUAGCUGACUUGGCAGAUCGAGUACACGACAUCGUCCCAGCUUCACCCGUGGUUGCAGCCGCAUCAUCUUCACAAACCAGGUUAGAACAAACCAUUGAGGACAUGGCGCGACAAAUGUCAGAACUGAAGAUGCAGAACUUACACGGCCAGCAGGCACCCAUCGCACACCAACACAUAAGACAGUUCAUCACAUACGUACCACACCAGGUCCACCGGUUUCCUGCACACCACGCAGACUUCCCCCAGAGAAGCUGA